AUGUUUUUGCUCGUGACACACAAAAGAAAAGAGUUUGAACAGCAACAUCAAGAGUUGCUUCUUGCUUGUAAGUUUAUAAAUUGCCUUCAAGAUGAAGGCAAGAAAAAAGAAAAGAAGUAUAAUGUGCAAAAGAUAUGGAAAUUAAGAAGACGAGAGAAGAAAACAACAUCGAAUCCUUUAGAGAGUAGGAAAAGUGAAAAUUAA